GCAGGAAAACUUGGGCCUGUUACUGUCAGGCAAUGGCACCAACCUAUUCUCAGGGACCUAGGAACGGCUAUGUGCUCGCCUGCCGCCGCCACCAGAUCACAUAUCUGUCCAAAAAAGUCUUCAUCCUGAAGGAGGCUCUGAAGGUGCAGCAGACUGCCCCAUCCAGAUCUGAAGAGGAAGAGGAUGCCCUGUGUGUCCAGGCGACAGCCAUGCAGCAGGGCAUGGAGGGACAGAUGGACAAGGACAUACAGUGCAUUCUCAGCCAGAUCCUGCAGAUGCAGCUGCUGCAGAACUGAUGAAGACUCGGCUCAGAAGUUCAGUUUCCAUCCUUCACCUCUAUGAACUGAAGCCUCAGGGAACACCUUCCCCAGCCAGGAACCAGUCAGGAACAGCACUAGAGGACAGCCUGGGAUCUUACUAAGUGUGCCCAGCUGACCCUCACACCAUGGCUCCCUACACUCUGGCCCUCUGAGGCCCAUCAAUCUCCACCUGAAAUGUUGCAACUCUGGACAUGUCACCUAGGAGGAUCACCCAUCACCCAGGAGGAUAAGCUCACUGUAAAGGGGAAACACAACCAGUGUGGAGCACUGGGUGGGGCAGAGAUGGAGCAGGGAGGCUAGGAACAGUCUGAGCUUCCGGGCCCAGUACACAGUUAUGACAAGAAAGACAAGUGCAAAACAGUAUUUAGAGAAACCAGGGAAUGGAAUUGUGGCUCAGGGGUGAAUCCCUUGCCUUUGACACCACAGGAAGGUGCUGGGGGCUGGCCUGGAGUACUUGAGGCCUUGGGCUCUGUUCCUGUCAGUGCUAAACAAGUGAAUAAAUGAGCCCAGACUGGA